AUGUUUUACAAAGUUGUCGGCGAGGAAUUUGGCGAAAAUUUGCGGCAGAGUCUGUUACGUGGCGAUAGCGUGGAACAUCUGAUGCAUUUUCCGGAUCUUUUGGAAGUGUACUGGGCAGCCGAUGUCGAUUCCGAUCGUCCGAAUGUUAUAGCAAAAGAGCAAAUCAUAUGGACGAUAGCGAAACUGAUUGCGACGCUUUCAUCUCGUCUCGUCUAUGGAAAAAUGGGUAGCCUGGUCCAGGACUGUAUCAUCAGAUUGGCAGAAUUGCUCGACUUGCCAACAAGAUUAUCAAUCCUGCAGCACGGAACAUUUGAUAAAACAAUUAGUGAUUUCGACGAAGUUUUAGUUGCGCUGUGGUUAACUGUGCUGAAACUUAUCACAAGCGCUGAAACUCACGUCAAAAAUAAAGCGAUACUGAUUGCACAGCGUUUGCUCUCGAUGGAUUUAUGCAAUGCAUUGUUUGCUGAUCUCUUAAUUGAUGUUUUUGUGGCCGUUGAACGAUGGCUUUACGGGCUGAGCGCUGCGUACGUUGGCGAGGAUGAACUCUGUCUAAGAGAAGCCCUCGAAACUUGUGAACGCACGUUUGGGGACGCACUUCGAAAGUAUUUUUCAAUAUUUUUUUUUUAA